AUAAUUCUAAGAAGAUAUCUCACCUUUUGGCACUGCAAAGUUUGGGCGAAUUGAAAAUAUUUGGAGCAGAAUUAACAGCUGAAAAUGAUUUCGAUGCCCCGAUAGCAGGCUGUGAACUUGUCUUCCAGCUUGCUACACCUGUCAACUUUGCAUCUGAAGAUCCUGAGAAUGACAUGAUCAAGCCUGCAAUCUCAGGAGUAUUGAAUGUGUUGAAAGCAUGUGCGCGAGGAAAAGGAGUUAAACGAGUUAUCUUAACGUCUUCUGCAGCUGCAGUAACCAUAAACGAACUCAAGGGGACUGAUCUGGUUAUGGAUGAAAGCAACUGGACUGAUGUUGAGUUCUUGACAAAUGCAAAGCCACCCACUUGGGGGUAUCCUGUCUCCAAAA